AAGUAAAUAUAUAACGGCGAUGGAUGAGAUUUCAGAUAACACAUUUAUUGAGGUCCAUGGAUCUGAUGUACUGAAUGACGAUCCAUCUCUCCUAACAAUAGUUCUUGAAGUAUCGCCUGAAGGAUGGUUCAACAUCAAAGAUCAAACGUCUAUAAUGGAUGUGGUGAAGUCACUUUUGGUGUUUUUGAACGGGCAUUUGUCACUCAACAAUUCCAACCAAGUAGCCUUUGUGCUUAGCUCGCCAGCAGGGUCCAAGUUCCUUUAUCCAGACACGAGCAAGACAUACGAGGAAAUACCACUAAACGUCACAUCUGAAGAAACCGUCGAAAACUCUAACAAGUCAGAAGAGCUCAGCUUUGUCACCAAGGGAAUGUAUCGACAGUUUCGGGUUGUGGACGAAACUGUGCUAAGUGGUUUGAGCCAAACAAUGUCUGAUAUAACCCACGCACAAGAUGACAAGGUUACUGGCUCUUCCAGGCUUUCCGGGGCUUUAAGCUUAGCAUUAUCGUACACAAAUCGGAUGAUGAAACUCGACCAGUCGAUUUCCACCACCACUGCAUCUGCAAUUUCGUCAGCAGCCAACAUCUCUAACAAAGAAUCAUCCACCGCAGGAGCAUCUUCGGGUACCAACGCCAAUAGUUAUGGAACCAGUCGAAUGAAGUCCCGAAUUUUGGUGGUGACUCCAAAUGAUAACGAAGACAUCAAGUAUAUUUCACUAAUGAAAGCGAUUUUCGGGGCCCAGAAAAUGAAGGUGGCUAUAGAUAUCGCCAAGCUCGGCCGAAAAGACUCAUCCUAUUUACAACAGGCAGCAGAUGCCACCAAUGGAGUCUAUCUCCAUAUCGAAAAACCACUUGGGCUUAUUCAAGUGCUCUGUACGGCAUACUUUAUUGAGCCUUCCAUACGACCAUUGAUGAUAUUGCCCACCAACUCCAACGUCAAUUACAAAGCCAGUUGUUUCAUCACCGGAAAGAGUGUGGAGAUUGGAUACGUGUGUUCUGUAUGCCUCUGUAUCAUGAGUGAGAUUCCUGACAGAAUGAGCUGCCCCACUUGCAACUCGCAUUUUGAUGAGAAGCUCAUCGCUAAGCUCAAACGUAAACCUGUGGUGAAGAAACGGAAGCUCGAUAAUGGUAGCAGCGAAUCAUCCACCCCGGCUCCGGAAGCAUGAACUUUUACUACGUAGUAUCAUAGUCCACGAUCAAUAAUACUAAAGUUAUAGUCUCUGGGAUACCCAUGCUUGUCGAUCAUAUGGAGUCUUCUCUUCUUUCUAUCUGAGCACACUUUAUGACAGGGAUUAAUUUCAUUGUAGGACUUGAAACAUUUGUACACUUUAAGACCUUGAUCUCUUUUUAUUACAAAGAACGGGUCGUGUUUCUCUUCUAUGUGCAUCGAUAGUAUUGGAGCCGAUGGGAACCUCUUCUUACAGGCAUGACAUAUAUGUGUAUGGUGGGUUUGGACGUGCAAUUCAUAUUCGGGGUAACUCGAGAAUUCAGGUGGUGCUUGAACACAAUACCCUAGUGUGCAUACUAUUGUUGGUACGGUAGCAGAUGUGGUACUUGGUAGUAGCUCUUCUGACCUUCUUCUCUUGCUCAUUAAUAGUGAUAUUUCGCGGGGCACAAGAAUACAUUUAUUAGAAACCCAUCUCAUGAAAAGAAGGCUACAGGAACGGGAUUCCUCCAGGGACAAGCUGGCCAAUGAGGUGAUACCCGUAGAAUACGAAGAGGUAAUCGAGGGCAUACCCGUACAAAAGCUGGCUGUUUAUGAGUAUUUGGCAUCUGUUCGACAAGAAGCUGAAACUGUGUCCUACAUGACUCCUACUGAAGUGGCCAGUGAUAGCACCUCUGAGAAGCUUUACCAAAGUGACUCGAGCACCGAGUUCUACAUCAAUACGAAUAUAGGAAAUGUCCAGCUCGAAGAGCCCCUAGAGAAAUGGAAGAAUGUGUUUUUAAAGGACUUUCGGAGAACCAAAAGUCAGAUUGAUUCAGACUUGAGUUUGGAGCGGUCCUCACACCCUCCUUGGGAACAGCCCGAAUCUGCCAGUCUCUGGCGUAAAUACGUGAUAGACAAUCCCCCACCAGCAUUCGAAGUGAUUCAAUACCAAUUUGACCACAUCACCGCCAUGAGGCUUUUGGUUCAUUUGACGUCAUGGCUCAGUAACAAGACAAAUGACAACCUUUCCCAGUGGAUCUACUGCUUGCUUUUAAGAACUGAUAGUGUUCUUGAGUAUUCUGACUGUGCCAUUAUACGCGGACUCGGUAAAAAGGCUGUCAAGCUCUUGCAGAAGUCUGAAAAUGACGCCGCCGUAUCCUCUACAGCCAAGUACACAUUUGAGUUCAUUGUACUUCUAGUAUGCCAUUACUAUCAUCAAAAAGAUAUCAUAUAAUAAGUAGCUCUAUACACAAUGAAAAAUCUGAUCGC